AUGUCAGCCGCCGUCCGCUCCCGUGCCGCGGUUGCCGCGCUCUCCGCCGCGCGCCGCAUCCACGCAGGCCUCGUCGCGGAGCAGAAGCAGCAGGGCGGCAACAACCCUGGCGCCCUUCGCCGACCUUGGACCCUCUUCCGGCGCCAGCAGCAGCAGCAGCAGCAGGAGCAGAGCCACGUUCCCCGCGCCGCCGCUCCUGUCCUGGACGCCGUCGCCGACCACAGGGCCGGCGGCUCGGACGGUGGGGAGCCCCCAGAGAUCUGGCGCCAGCCCGGAGAAGCCCCUGUCGCGCCCGCCGGUGCGGGUGCCGUCGGGAGGAUUGACGUGGUUAGGGUUGCGGCCCCCGGUGGGGAAGGCUUUGAUGGGAAGGACGGGGCCGGGGAAAGCGGGGGUUGGGGCGGUUCUAACCUGGGACGACGGUUUCCCACGCCCAAGGAGAUUUGCCGUGGGCUCGACAAGUUUGUCAUCGGCCAGCAGCGAGCCAAGAAGGUGUUGUCAGUAGCAGUUUAUAAUCACUAUAAAAGGAUCUAUUGUGAGUCACUCACCAGCAGGUCUGCUUCAGAUUGUAGCGAGAGCGAUUCUUGCACGACUGACACUGACAUGGUAGAGCUUGAGAAAAGCAAUAUUCUUGUCAUGGGGCCAACGGGCUCGGGGAAAACAUUGCUGGCAAAAACACUAGCAAGAUUUGUGAACGUGCCCUUUGUUAUAGCUGAUGCGACAACCCUCACUCAGGCUGGAUAUGUUGGUGAGGAUGUUGAAUCUAUUUUGUAUAAGCUCCUAGCGGUUGUUAGUGUUCCUGAGAAAGGGGCCAGAAGGCAUCCAAGAGGUGACAAUAUCCAGAUUGAUACAAAAAACAUUCUCUUCAUCUGCGGUGGUGCUUUUGUGGACUUGGAGAAAACUAUUUCGGAAAGGAGACAUGAUUCUUCAAUUGGUUUCCGAGCGCAGGUUCGUUCAAAUAUGCGAUCUGGUGGUGUCAUAAAUGCUGAGAUCACAUCAUCGCUACUGGAAUCAGUUGAAAGUGGUGAUCUCAUUGCAUAUGGACUAAUCCCAGAGUUUGUUGGUAGAUUUCCAAUUCUUGUUAGUCUAUCCUCCCUCAGUGAAGAUCAGCUUGUUGAGGUUCUCACAGAGCCAAAGAAUGCCCUUGGCAGGCAGUAUACCAAGUUGUUUGAAAUGAAUGAUGUCAAAUUGCAUUUUACGGAAGAGGCUUUACAGCUUAUUGCCAAAAGAGCAAUAGCGAAGAAUACUGGGGCUCGUGGUUUGAGGUCCAUAUUAGAAAGUAUAUUGACAGAAGCUAUGUAUGAGAUUCCAGAGACGCAAACUGGAAAAGAUAAAAUAGAUGCUGUGGUUGUUGACGAGGAGUCUGUUGGAUCUGCAAAUCAGCAUGGAAUUGGAGCUAAGAUUCUUUGCGGAGAAAGAGCUUUGGAUCUCUAUCUGGCCAAGCACAGUAAUAAAGAAUCAACGGGUCAACACCAGGAGAGAUCGAACGGGGAGUCUGAGAUUGAUACAGAAGCCCCCUCUCGAGUGGCCAGCAUGUAG